CUCUGCCACUCCGGAGACCCGAGGUGUUGAUUUUGAUGCCUUUAUAUUCCCCAUUGUUUAACAACCUCUCAUCUUACUAAUUUCAAUGGCGUCUGCUUCAUCUUUUGCUUCUCUGCUGAAUCAUACCAGCUGCCAUGACGUUUUUUUAAGCUUUAGAGGUGAAGAUACUCGUAAUUCAUUUACAGAUCAUCUCUAUGCAGCUUUAAAGCGAGCAGGAGUUCGCACUUUUAGGGAUAAUGAUAAUAUCGACAGAGGUGAAGAUCUGAAGCCAGAAAUCGAGAGAGCAAUCAAAGAAUCUAGGGCUUCUAUAGUUGUAUUGUCAGAGAAGUAUGCGAAUUCCAGAUGGUGCCUUGACGAGCUGCUGUUGAUCCUUAAGCAAAGGCGGAGCUUUAAUCAUUUUGUUUUACCGGUUUUUUACCAUGUCGAUCCCUCAGACGUGAGGAACCAAAGACAAAGUUUCACGAUAAAUGUAGAAGAAGGAGUAGAAGGGUCAAAAUGGACAGAGUAUAAUGUCAAUCAAUGGAAGGCAGCCCUUACAGAGGUUGCUGAUUUGACGGGCAUGGUUGUUUCCGGGUCUGAAACAAACUUUAUCACAGAAAUUGUUGGUACAAUCAACUCUGAACUAGAUUUCAAACUAGUUGGUACUCCAGCUCAUCUAAUUGGAAUGGAUUCUCGGACAAAAUUUAUCCACUCUUGGUUGGAAAGUGAGCAAUUUGGUGAUAAUGUUCUAGCAAUUUGUGGCAUGGGAGGUAGUGGCAAGACGACACUGGCCCAAUUCAUUUAUAACUCAAACAAGCAAAAAUUUGAAAGCAGCAGUUACCUUGAAGAGAUCGGAAAGCACUCUAAACAGUCUGCUGGUCUGCUUGGGCUUCAGAAACAACUUCUGAAAGACAUUCUAGGGGGAAAUAAUGCAAAUAUCUCUAGUGUAUCUGAGGCACGUAGUAGAGUCUCGCAAUAUGAUGAAUCUUAUCGUUUGUUGAGAAAAGGAGAGGGUUCAAAAACAAUCGAAGGUCUAGCACUUGACAUGUUCACUGAAUUUUAUCCAUCAACCUUAAAAUCAGCUUCACUUGCAAAAAUGGACAAACUGAAAUUACUCAAGCUAGAGUCUGUGAAACUCAAGGGGUCCUACAAGAAUUUUCCACAAUUGAGAUGGUUGUACUGGAGUCACUGUCAAUUGAAAAAAAUACCCUACGGCUUAUUUGGCAGCAGCUUGGUGGCUAUAGAUAUGAGUUACGGAAAAUUAAAGUUUUUUGAACCACCUUUGGUUCUUAACUCGCUGAAGAUCCUAAAUCUUCAUUGCUCACUCAGGCUUGUUAGUAUCUGCCAUCCUUCCCGACUUCCUAAUCUUGAGACAUUGAUUCUCACGUUCUGUCUCUUUCUCAGUCUCACUCAUGUUUGGGAAACAGUCAGAGGUCUUAAGAAGCUUUCUCUAUUGGAAUUUGGAAAAUGUCGUCUUCCUGGGACGGUUGCACCGAAUAAGAAGUAUGGAAAUCAACUGCAAAGGCUAAAAGCUUUAUGUACUGGUGGAGGAACGCCACAACCGUUGUUGGUCCCUUUUCCAGAGUCGCUAAAGUUUCUGUUUCUCAAUGACUGCUUUGGUUAUAGCAGUAGCCCUUAUGAUCACAUUAAUUUUGGCAGUAACCCGGUAAUGUUACUGACCAAUUACACUAAUCUUAAGAUGCUUCGGGUGCUCCAAUUGGAUAGUUGUAGAGAAAUAAAGUCGCUCCUAUGUCUCCCAAGUACGCUAGAAGAGUUGUAUACAUCUUGGUGUUUUUCACUAGAGAAAAUAACAUUUGAAUCAGCUCGGUUCAGAUUGCGGAAAUUUGAAUAUCUACAUUGUAAAAGCUUGUUUGAAGUUCAAGGCUUUUUCAAAUUGGUGCCGUUAGCAAAGCUUGAUGAAGCAGAUUUGGGACAUAUGAAAUGGAUCAAAGCAUAUGAUGAUACUAAGGUAGAUCUCAGAGGUGGUGUCAGCAGAUACGGUGGGCUUACACAGGUGCUCUAUGAAUAUGGUAUACUGAGCACAUAUCUUCCAGGCAUAAAGGAUCAAAACAUGCCAACGUUCAAGUAUAUGUCAUCAUCCAUGUUCUUAUCCUUUUGUGUGCCUUCUUGUCCUGAGAAAUGCAGGAUACGAGGAUUAAACGUAACCGCCUCAUACAGACGAUCAUACAGACAGUGGGACACAUCUUACAAGGAUGAAGAUACAUGGGUUUUGUUCACCAAAGUCAGCAAUAUAACCAAGGGCCUUACUUGGAUGUAUAACCCUUUGAUCUAUUGCGAUCCGCAAGAUGAAGAAAAUGCUGUGUGGUUAAGCUAUUGGCCCAUUGGGAACAUAUUAGACGCAGGUGAUGAAAUCAAUGUGUCCAUCAUUGUGGGGGAUGCAUUUAUGGUAAGCAGGUGUGGUGCCAGCCUUGUAUUCAUAGAUGAUGGCGAAGUAGAGCUACAAUACGACAAAAAUUACAAGAAAGAGGAAGAAGUUAUUGGAGGAGAUCUAUCUGAAUUUGAGCUCACUACAGGAGCCUACUAUCUCUGUCGCCGUGAUUUCUUCAAGUCAACGACCCCUGAUUGGUUAAAGGUGUUACUUGGUGAUACCAUUCCAUGUACAGACUUGCGUGGAUGGAGAAAAUCUAGUCAGAGAGACUACAAAACGUCAUAUAUGGAGCGGUUAGCUUACAAAGACGACCCAUAUUCAAAUUGGCUCUAAGUAUGUACAUUUAAUCAUUCUUUUUGGCAUGAAAUAUCAAUAUUUAUUUUUAAAUCUAAAUCAACGUAUCUUUGUUGUUUGCACAAUUCGAUUUAAAAAAUACAUAAAGAAGAUGAAUACAACGGUAUGUU